ACUUGGAGACACAAAAAUGGCGGCCUCAGCUUCCAUGAGCUUCACACUGAUAAAGCCCAAUUCUUCUUCUUCUUCUUCAGCAUCUCCGAAGUGUAGGGUUUUGACUCUCAGAUGCGCCUCCCAAUCCCAACUUGCCGCCUCUGGGUUGGCAGAAAGACCUUGGAAGGUGUCAGAUGCUAGAUUGGUGCUUGAAGAUGGUUCAGUCUGGAAAGCCAAGUCAUUCGGUGCUUCAGGAACCCAACUUGGUGAAGUUGUAUUCAAUACAUCUUUGACUGGGUAUCAGGAAAUUCUUACUGACCCUAGCUAUGCUGGUCAGUUUGUGCUUAUGACAAAUCCCCACAUUGGAAAUACUGGUGUAAAUUUUGAUGAUGAAGAGUCAAGUGAAUGCUUUCUUGCCGGCCUAGUGAUCAGAAGUUUAACUAUCAGUACUUCAAAUUGGCGAUGCAAAGAAACACUGGGUGAUUAUUUGGCAAAAAGGAACAUCAUGGGAAUUUAUGACGUUGACACACGUGCAAUUACCCGUCGAUUAAGGGAAGAUGGAAGCCUCAUUGGUGUCUUGAGUACAGAGGAAUCCAAAACAGAUGAGGAACUAUUAGAAAUGUCACGUUCAUGGGAUAUUGUUGGCAUUGACUUAAUUAGUGGUGUUUCAUGUAAGGCCCCUUAUGAAUGGGUUGAUAAAACGAAUUCCGAAUGGGAUUUUAACUCCACUGGUGGAGAAACAUUCCGGAUUGUUGCAUACGAUUUUGGAAUCAAGCAUAACAUACUUAGGCGAUUGGCGUCUUAUGGCUGUAAAAUUACUGUUGUGCCAUCAACAUGGCCGGCAUCAGAGACGCUAAAAAUGAAGCCAGAUGGGGUUCUUUUCAGCAAUGGCCCUGGAGACCCGUCUGCCGUUCCUUAUGCUGUUGAAACAGUCAAGGAAAUACUUGGAAAGGUUCCUGUUUUUGGAAUCUGCAUGGGUCAUCAGCUGCUCGGACAGGCACUGGGUGGUAAAACCUUUAAAAUGAAGUUUGGUCACCACGGAGGAAAUCAUCCAGUUUGUAAUCUUAGAACUGGUCAUGUUGAGAUUAGUGCUCAGAAUCACAACUACGCAGUCGAUCCUGCAUCGCUCCCGGAGGGUGUGGAAGUGACUCAUGUAAAUCUUAAUGAUGGAAGCUGCGCUGGCCUUGCUUAUCCUGCAAAAAACAUUAUGUCCCUUCAAUACCAUCCUGAAGCAUCUCCAGGACCUCAUGAUUCGGACUAUGCUUUUAGAGAGUUCGUCGAGCUGAUGAAGAAAGUAAAACAAAAUGCAUAAACAAGCUACACUCGAGUUUUUCUGUGAUCAUUGACUUUUGUGAAAUCUUCAAUUUUCAUGUGGAGAAGGCAGAAGAUACUGGUUUCCUUUCCCCUUCAUUUUCUAUCACAAUUUUGUUUGUAAUCAGAGAAUAAUAGAGAGGAUUUUUUUGGAAAAAAAAAACAUAAUUUGGCUCACAGAGUUUGUCCUUGAAUUGUAUUCUUAUAUACAUUAUUUUCAUUUUGUUUU